CCGCUAAGUAUCCUGGCGUUUACGUGAACGGCAGCGCGUUGUGGCUAUGGACGGCAGAGCUGUGAAGGCGAUACUGUUUGACCUGGACAACACGCUCAUUGAAACGAGCCGAGCAGGAGCAGUGGCGAUACAGAAGACCAGAGAACUUUUAAAGACCACUCUGGGCCUUGAUGACGACACCAUCCGCUGCAUUUCUGACAAGUUCCAGCAGAAGCUUUUCCUUGAGAGGUUUGACCCUUCAGCUGGCAGAUCCAUAGAUAAUGUCCGUGUGGGUCACUGGGAGGAAAGCAUCACGGAGACUCUGGGUAGUUGCUCGCCACCCUCUCUGGCAGCUCAGUGCUACUACCUGUGGAAAAAUAGUCGCCUGGAGGUCCUCUGUCUCUCUCCUGAAGUGUGUAACCUUUUGAAACAACUGCGCAGUAGACACAAGCUGCUGCUGCUGACCAAUGGGGAAUCUCCGAUCCAGAGAGAGAAGGUGAAGGCGGUCAGGUGUGAGGAGUUCUUCGAUGCCAUCGUGGUUGGUGGAGAACAUGCAGAGCAGAAACCGUUUGUCUCCAUCUUCACGUUGUGUUUCAAAAUGCUUGGGGUGGAGGCCCAGGACUGCAUUAUGGUGGGAGACUCUCUGGACACAGAUAUUCAGGGGGGCUUUAAUGCCGGAGUACGAGCCACAGUCUGGAUUAACAGUGCAGAAGGGACUGCGUCAGAUGGGUCAGUGAAACCAGAUUACACUAUCCCAACUGUACUUGACCUGCCAGGGAUUCUGGCACAGCUGCAAUAAGCACAACUGAUGAAUAACUCAUUUCAAGCGGGAUGUCGUAAGAAUUUUUAAUUAUGGAUAUUUAAAUGUGACCGUUGCAAUAAUUUUCCCAACUGUAAACAAGGGUAAUUUUUUUAUUAUAUCUGCUUGGCCUUUUAUACACUGUCAUUUUGAAUUGCAUAUAAGGACACUCAGCGAGCAACUGUUCAGACAUUCACUGGUGGAAACUAAUUACAUUUACUGAGGGACCGAACUUGAGUACAAUUUCAUGAUUUGUACUUUUACUUGAAUAUUCAUAAUUUCAGCUUCUUUAUAUCCCACUGCAUGUCAAAAAUAAAUAUUCUUUUUUUAUUCCACUUGAAAACUAUAGUUACUCUUCAGAUCAUUCUUUUACAUAAAACCAUGUACAUUGUAAGGCUGACCCGAAUAGCAGUUUCUGGGCUCCGGAUAUUCGGCCCCAGUUAAUGCCGAAUAUCCAAAUAUUCGGUCCGCUUCGUAACGUCCAACGGCCCUAGUACAUUGUAUGCUGUAAUUAGAUCUACUUCCACUUCAGUAAAAUGCUCCGUGAACCAACAAUCUGAUGAUAGGCAGAGGGCCCUUAUUUUGCAAAUACUUUUUCCUAAUGGAUCUCAAUACUCUGUUCAAUCCUAGUAUAUCAUACCAAUCAACCUCAAGAAGAGAACCAUUAUUUUAAACACUCAGAUUGACUGUACUUUAAUAAAUUCACUCCAUCAUAUGCUCAUACUUGUUCAUUUUUACACAAUCUUGACUAAUAAACAGUUGACACAGA